AGAAUAGUGAGCGAAUAGCUUUUGCAUCAAAAUGUUUCCAAGUCCGCUACAAAAUUACACUAAGCUGAAUGCUCCCACUGCCUUCAGUCAUGAGCAACAGAGCCCCUAUGAGAUAGUCAGCAAAAGCUACGGCAAGGAUGCAGUCAAGGUGUUGCAUGUGAAUCGCAGGGGACCAGUGCACACCAUUCAGGAGCUGGAAGUGGGCACACACCUCAAGCUCAACAGCAACAAGGACUACGUGCUGGGCGUUAACUCAGAUGUGGUGGCCACCGAUUCUCAAAAAAAUACCGUUUAUUUGCUUGCCAAGAAAUAUGGCGUCGAGAGUCCCGAGAAAUUUGCUUUGAUUGUGGGCAACCACUUCUUGAGCAAAUAUGCCCAUGUAGAGGAGGCUCAUGUGCACGUAGAGGCUUAUCCUUGGCAACGCAUACACCAGAAGAAUCAACAAUCUCAGCCGCACAAUCACGCCUUUCUCUUUUCACCCACUGCUGAGCACUACUGCGAUGUGAUUGUGAGGCGUCAAGCUCCCAAGCAAACAGUGAUCAGUGGCAUUCGGGGACUGCGCGUUCUGAAGACCACCCAAUCGUCGUUUGUGAAUUUUGUUGACGACGAAUAUCGCUCGCUGGCAGAUCAAAGUGAUCGCAUUUUCAGCACGGUUGUUGAAUGUGCUUGGGAAUAUUCCUGUACGAAGUCAGUUGAUUUUCUAAGUGUCUGGCAGACUGUGAAGGACAUUAUACUGAAGAACUUUGCCGGAGAUCCAAAUGUGGGCAUCUACUCACCUUCUGUACAGAACACCCUGUACCUGAGUGAGAAAGAUGUGCUCGAUGUGGUGCCACAAGUGGCCGUCAUCACAAUGACGAUGCCCAAUAAGCACUACUUCACAUUCGACACAAAACCCUUUCAACAAGUAGCCCCCGGUGAAAAUAACGAGGUCUUCAUACCAACCGACAAACCACACGGAACCAUUCAUGCUGUGUUGGGGCGUAAGGAUCUCAAGAGUCACCUCUAAAUCAGCUCAACUUUGUUGAAAGAAGAUUUUUGGUAAAACCACUUAAUUGCUCGAAGAAGACUACGGCAUACAAAAAAAACAAACUUCGAUAUAAAUUAAAAAAAGUCCACAUCCAUUACUAUCUACCUUCUACUAUACUAUGCAUAAGCUAGAUAAUAUAAAUAUAUGCAUUUAAUGGUCUUUCAUUAACAAGUAUAUUUAUGUAGCUAAAAACAUUUCAUAUAGCAGGAGAUUAGAAGAUUAUUCUAAACUACGAUAAUAAUAAAAAGAUUUUCAUUUGCUUUUAUAGA